AUGACGACCCCCACGGUCAAGAUCGUCGUGUCGCGCAACCUGGGCCCGGAGGUCAUGCCGUUGUUGGACCGGCCGGACUUCGAGGUUAUCAGUUGCCCGUCGCAGACAGAAGCUUGCUCUAGGAAGUGGCUCUCGGAGAACGUGGUCGGUGCGGUUGGCCUGAUCGUCGUGCUGACGGACAAGGUCGAUGCCGAAUUGAUAGAGACCGCUGGCCCCAGUCUACGAGUGGUCUCUACUAUGUCCGUCGGCUACGAACACAUCGACGUGCAGCAGCUCUCCCAACGAGGGAUCAAGCUAGGGUACACCCCGGACAUACUAACCGAAGCAGUGGCCGAUCUAUCCAUCAUGCUUGCCCUGAUGGCUGGCCGAAACGCACGACAGACAGCCACGAUCUGGCCCCAAUACGCCUGGUCACCCUUCCUAUUCUGCGGUCCCCAGCUCAGCGCAAACUGGGUAUACCCAACCCGCACAGCUGGUUUCCUCGGCUUCGGACGCAUCGCACAAGCCACCCUCGCACGGCUCAUCCCCUUCGGCUUCACGCACUGCCUCUACUCGGGAAACCCGACCUCUCCGCCGGACCCCGCGCGCGACGCCACGGUGGCCGCCAAAUACGGCUUGCAGAGCGUGCGCCGCGUCGCCGGGCUCGACGAGCUCGCGCGCGAGAGCGACGUCGUGUUCGUGCUCGCGCCCGGCGACCCGAGUCUGUACCACGUCGUCGAUGAGGCGUUUUUGAAGCAGAUGAAGCGGACGGCUGUGCUGGUGAAUACCAGCCGUGGGACGCUGGUCGACUCGGAUGCGCUGGCGAAGGCGCUCAGGGAGGGGUGGAUAUGGGGGGCGGGGAUUGAUGUGGUGGAGGGGGAGCCGAACGUAACGGCCGAUCAUCCACUCGUUAAGGAACCCAGAUGUGCCAUUGUGCCGCAUAUAGGCAGCGCUACGACCGAGACAAGACUAGGUAUGGCGACUAUGGCUGUCAACAAUUUGAUCGCUGGGUUGUUGGGUGGGGAGAUGCCUGCUCAAGUCAAGAUGUAG